AUGUGCCUCGGCGCUAGGAAAGCUGAAGCCAAGAGCCUCUACGAUGAUCGACCCGAUGUAAAGGAGGAAGUGCCUAAGGUCGAGAUCGACGACUCCGAUGAAGCAAUCGAAGCCAAACUCCGCCAGUUUCGCGGGGAUUUCCACUGCUGCUGCUGUCGCCGGAACCCGCGUCGCUAUUGA